AUGGAGGGGGACUGCCUCAGCUGUAUGAAGUACCUGAUGUUCAUCUUCAACUUCUUCAUCUUUCUGGGUGGCUCCUUCCUGCUGGGUGUCGGUAUCUGGGUGCUGCUGGACCCGAUGGGCUUCAGGGAGAUCGUGGCAGCCAACCCGCUGCUGUUCACAGGGGUCUACGUCAUCCUGGCCAUGGGGGGCAUGCUGUUCCUGCUGGGCUUCCUGGGCUGCUGCGGAGCCAUACGAGAGAACAAAUGUCUGCUGCUCUUUUUCUUCAUGCUCAUCCUCUUCAUCUUCCUGGCUGAGCUGGCAGCUGCCAUCCUGGCGUUCCUCUUCAGGGAGCACUUAACCAGAGAGUAUUUCACCAGAGAGCUGAAACGUCACUACCAGGGUCACAACAACACGGACGUCUUCACAUCCACAUGGAACGCCAUAAUGACCACGUUCGACUGCUGCGGCGUGACUGGACCCGAGGACUUCGAGGAGAGUCUCUUCAGGCUCCUCAACCCCAAUCAGAUCGUCCCAGAGGCCUGUUGCCAGAGGAACAGUUACCCUGGAGACCUGGAGCACGUCAGCGUGGAGCAGUGUGUGAGCGGCAGCAGCUGUGUCUUCCUCUUCAUGCAGGGCUGUUACUCUGCGAUGGUCGAGUACUUGAGACGUACAUCUACACAGCAGGAGCCAUGCCAUCGUGGUGCUGACCAUUGA